AUGGAACAUACGAUGAAUGAAGUCAAUAGGUUGCCAUUCGAGAUCGUCAAUCAAAUCCUGCAAGAAUUUGUACAUGAAUUGCCGAAGGAACCGUCACUAGCUGGGCCCCCUCCUUUACCUGCCCUGACAAGCGAGGCAUACAAAGAAUUGAUUGCAUUAAGACUAAUUUCUAAAACGUGGUCUAAAGCUGUUAUACCAUUUUAUUUCAGAACAAUCUCUAUACAGAACUCGAAGCGUGCAAAAGUGAUUCUAGAUAAUUGGAGUGACAGUUUAUUUAGACCCAAUUUUUCUUGUCCUGUCAAAAGACUUAGUGUCACAAGAGUUUGCUGUUUGGAAGAAGAAGCCUGUAUAUUGGAGAAACAUUGUCCAGAAGGAUCAACUUGCGUGUCAAUUAACCAAUUGGAAAGAUCAAUCACAUUGCUUGGGACAAACUUGAAGGCUUUAGAUGUCAACUUCAUAGAUUGCAAGACAAUUUCGCCUAAUUUAAUCAAAGCUAUCAAAACUAUAAAUGAGCUAAAAUCAUUAUCCUUGUUCAUCACCUGUUGGAAAUUGGACCGGGGAUCUUUCGAUCUAGACUCGUUAUCCAAUUUCUUUUCAGCAAUGCCUAAACUUGAAUACUUGAAACUUUUUGAUGAUGCACCAAAUUUUGAUUUCAAACCUCCGGCUUUAUCAAAUUUACGUUACUUUUAUUUUACAGCUCAUAGGGCAAACAUCCAAGGAAAUUCUCAAGUCACUCGUGCGGCAAAAGAUACUCUCAGAAUCAUGGAACUUUGUUAUUCCAAUUGCCGUGGUCUUGUUCAAUUAGCACAAAUCUUCGAGCCUGUCAAAGAUACAUUAGAGGGUUUCUUCACAAGUGCAUUUAAUGAGGAUGUACCUCGAGAUGUUGAAAACUUAACUUUUCCAAACUUGAAAGUACUGGAAACACAAUUCUUUACAGCUCAUCCCAAGUCAGGAUUCACCUGGUUAGAAGGUCCGAUGUUGAAAAAUGUUAGAACAAUCUUUACAAGAUUGCGUGUUGAACAUUGUUGGCAAGAAUCUUUGGAAUUAGGUGGUGUGAAUGCUUUGAAGAAUUUGCCUAAUUUCAAGCAUCUUGUCUUUAUUAAAAACCGUGGUGAGACCAAAGCUAACAAUCCUGACUUGAUUGAAGCCUUCAAAUCUCAUGGGGUUGAGUGUCAUGUCACCGAUCCAUUAUCGCCAGAUGGAAUGAUGGAACUAGAUCGCUUGCUUAAUGGCCCAAUCAACUAA